AUGUGAAACUGACACCACAAAGAGGUAGGCUGAAACCACCAGUUGUUUUGUGUUUCUAGUGAAGAGGAAUUUUCAAGGAUGUUAUUCAGAUAUUUUGCUAUUGCAUAGGGCUUAUCUCAGAGAACAUUUCACGAAAGAUCGUAUCUUUAACCUCUCCGUUUGUUGUUGUCGUUUCUUGUCUCCAUGUAUAUUUGGUCAUACCUGUUAAAUUCAAAGAAAUAACACCUGAUCCCAAAUAUAAGCUCUUAGAAUGAGAAGAAUGACAGUGAGAAAUGUGUCAUUAAAUGUAAUUGUUAAUAGGAUUCAUAUUUUAGCCAAAAGGCAGAAGAGCAUUUAACAGCUACUGUGGUCAUAACAUAUAAAUCAAUAGGCUUUCAUAUGUGUAAUAUGUUAUCUUUAACACUUUGGUUAUGUUGUUUAAGUUCAGUGUGAACACUGACACUGUCCUAUAGUGUGAACACUGACACUCUCCUAUAUAAAAUGUAUUAGUCUUACUCACUUUGUUUUUGCAUUUAAUCGGGGCAAGUUUAGUAUAAAAAAAGACCCAGUGACGAUCAGGCCUUACGUUGUAAUGAUGAAUCAAUUGUAUUACAUUUAAAUUCUGGAAUGAUCACAACAUAAACAGAGAUUGAAUGAAAAACUGUGCAACAUUGUUGAUAUUUCGUUACAUUUUCAAUGUGUUGAAAGAAUAUCCCCCCAGUGUUCAUUAAUUUGAAUGUUGGGUGACUUCAACAUUUUACGCAUUAGAUGUACCUCUGGUUGGGAAAUUCUGUACAUUUGACAAUGAGGAAAACAUAUGUAUAUAUAUAUAUAUAUAUAAUAUAAAUAUUUAAUAUAAAUAUAUAAUAUUCUAUAUAUAAUAUAAAUAUAUACUAUAUAUUAUUAUAUAUAUAAAUAUAAACAUAGUAUAUAUAUAUAUAUAUAUAUACACUACCGUUCAAAAGUUUGGGGUCAUCCAGACAAUUUCGUGUCUUCCAUGAAAACUCACUUUUAUUUAUCAAAUGAAUUGAAAAUUGAAUAGAAAAUAUAGUCAAGACAUUGACAAGGUUAGAAAUAAUGAUUAAUAUUUGAAGUAUUAAUUUUGUUCUUCAAACUUCAAGCUCAAAGGAAGGCCAGUUGUAUAGUUUAUAUCACCAGCAUAACUGUUUUCAGCUGUUCUAACAUAAUUGCACAAGGGUUUUCUAAUCAGAUAUUAGUCUUCUAAGGCAAUUAGCAAACACAAUGUACCAUUAGAACACUGGAGUGAUAGUUGAUGGAAAUAGAACUCUAUACACCUAUGGAGAUAUUUCAUUAGAAACCAGACGUUUCCACCAGAAUAGUCAUUUACCACAUUGACAAUGUAUAGUGUGUAUUUUUGAUUAAUGUUAUCUUUAUUGAAAAAAUAGUGAUUUUCUUUGAAAAAUAAAGACAUUUCUAAGUGACCCCAAACUUUUGAAUGGUAGUGUAUAUAUUUAUAUUUGUGUGUGUGUGUGUGUGUGUGUGUUCAAUGACACUUUCAAUUGUAAUACAUGAACAUUUUGAAAGAAGAUGACCCUUUGUCUGGUGUUAAAAUAUAUCACAGCACAUGAAAAAAAGGAAAUAGAAAAUAACAAAUAUUAGUGAACUCAAAUACAAUAAAUAAAGAGAUUCAGACAAAAUAAGGAUACAGGCUUGCAUUAAAAGUAUCGACUAAGAUGACAAAUGCUCGGUCCCCUCUAGAUUUAAGCUCCUAGAAUAUAUUGGAAGCCAGAGUAAGGAGGCUAAAAUAAGUGGGAUGUGCUGGAAUAAAAUAGAUUAUAAAUUAGCCUUGAUAAAAGAUAUUUUUCCAAAAAGGACAUCUAGUGAAGAUGAGUCAUGAGGACAGUUGAUUUUUUAGUGAGGUUCAGUGAAACUGUUACUCAUGACUCAUCUUCAUAAUAAGACUCCUCAAAUAUUCCCUCAACACUGAACUUCAUUGCCUCUUGAAAUAGUUUGACACUUUCGCUUAAAUAACUAAUAACUACAAAGCUCUAUUUUUAUGAAACUCUAUUUUUUGAUUAACAUAUUUAUUCAUUGCAAGUGCACAUUAAAACACAUUGUUAAAAUGUAUGCACAGAAUGACACCCUUCAUAAGAUUAUGAAUUAAAGCAGUUAUUAAGGCAGCAUAUCAACAUGCAUUGCAAUAAAGUGUAAUAAAAUAAAAUAAAAAGUGACAGUUUCCACUGAAAACCAUACACUCAGAAAUCCAUUUGCCUUCUUCCUUUCUUGUCUCUCUAUCAGUUGUCUUUCUGACAUUUAACUUUAAAUAUCCUGGUAAAAAGUUGAUGCGCCUUGAAUACGCAAACACACUUUAAAAAUAUGUUUUUAUAGACUAGACGCAAACAUGUGAUUAUAACUUCUGAAAAUACUCAUUACCCACAUGGCUGUUAAAGAAAAAGAAAAGAUACACGAUACAUUUUCUUUGUCGCUCACUUCCUCAAGAUACCUCACUUCUUCCUGAAUCAUAUUGGUGACCACAAGAUGCUGAAACAGGGCGAGAGUAAGAGAGAGAGAGAGACAGAAAGGGGAAAAAACAAAAACUCCAGAUCUCAGAAACCGAAAGCAACCUGACAAAUAUAUAAACAGUACAAGAGCCUUUCCAAAACAUGAAGGUAUCCUGCUGUUGUUCACUGCUGAUCCAAGGUAAGCCUAUGCUUAAAAUAUACUUAGGACCAGACUUUGAUAAUGGGUUGUGUAUUUGUCUGUAUACAUAGAUUACAUGUUUUAUUAUUAUUCACUGAAUCACCAUGUGAGCACAUGUUAAAGUUACACAGAAGACAAUAUGCAGUGUAUAUCAAUGGAUUCAUUGGUCGGGAACAUUUUGUCUUUAUUUCUUCACUUUAUUUAAACUGUCCAUGUCAAACUUCCAGUAAAAGUGUUUCUGUGAGCAUCAAUAACAUCUUCCUUAUCAGUUUAGUUCCCAUAACUUUACGACUGUUUAUUUGUGCCGACCUGAGUGAGCUUUUGUCAUCAAUAAUCGGGAGAGAUCACUGGAGAACACCGUCAUGGUUAGGAAAGACGUUGACUCAAUAAGAAGACUCUGAAAUGAGUGACCGAAAUGAAAAGGAUCAUUUGCAUUUUGGUUGCAACAGCAGCCGGCAGUAGAGUCUGUCAUCUGCUGAUUGGGAUGCACAGACAACAACACAUAAAACACCUUGCACACUGACCACUGACACUAUAUAGAGCAAUCAAGACAUGCAACCAGAACAAAUGUUAUGUCACAGAAAUAUAUAAGAAAGAAAGAAUAGCGUGGAGGUUGGAGGAUGUGGGGUUGGAUUUUCUUUCAAAAAUAUCAAAGGACUUUCUUUUGGACUCUUAGUAUGAAAAUUGAGUGUUGAGAUCCCUUAAAGAGAAUCAGAGGCGUUAACCGGAUCAGUUUUUGCUGGAAGUGAUACUGAAGGUCACGUUUAAAACUGUUACAUCUUGAACUGUAAACAAUAGACACUAUUAACCCACAUCUCUGGUCUUGUCAUGGGUUCAGAUGACUGUUUGGUGGCGGGCACUCAUCCUCCUUUGCUGUGUACUGGACUGUGUGGAGUCCUCUUCUCCAUCUCCAGUCCACCAGAGGAAUAAAUACAACAACUCCUUUCGUCUCGCGAGGUCCACCCGAACCCGUGUUCAGCGGCUGCAGAGGAAAUAUAAGGAGCAGCAGUUGGGAGAUGAGCAUUUCGAGGACAGAAGUCGGCAGUUGAAGGACCUGCCAUUGCUUUCUACAGAUUUCUCCAGCUGGCUGAAGCUGACGGAAUGGGAUCGACUGAAUGCUGCUUUCUGGGACAUGCAAGCCUAUUGGAAAAUGCUGGAGCAGAAGAAAAAACAGCUCGAGAAGGAGGAGAAAGAGCAGAUGGUGGAUCGGGCAGUCGGCACCACUUUACCUCAGGGCAUCAGCCACAUUCAGUUUGACCUAAGGGACUUAAUGAGCCAAGUCAGCUCUGAGAUGAGUUAUAUGAAUAGCUCUUGGACAAAGCCAACCUCUCUGCCACUCUUCAAGCCACAAACCAGAUCCAAAACAGUGUGGGACAGCAGAGUGGAGGGUUACGUCAUCUUGAGGGAUCUAGACCUUUACCUCACCAAGCUGGCAAGAGACUUCCUCCUUCUGGCUUCAAAGACGACACACUUUUGACUGAAACCACAACCCCAGCAGGAGUAGAUAUAUAUAUAUAUAUAUAUAUAUACACGUACACACAAACAUACAUCUAUAAUAUACACACACACAUAUAUAUAUAAAUACACACAUAUACACAGUUAAACACACACACACACACACAAACACACACACUGUUUUCGUGGUGUUGUCAAGACUUUACUUGGUGCUCUGAUUUGAGCUUGUCAUAUCUUUUACGUAAUGUUUUACUGUAUAUUUAAGAGUUUCGGUCUCACCUCUCACUGUAAGUUAGUAAAAAGCUCCCAGAAAACACUUCCCAACAUGAUGUUUUCCCCGAUGCUUCUACUGGACUUUCCAAAUUUAUAUUAGCUAUUUAUUGACAUAUUUAUUAACAUGCUAUUCAUUUCAAAGUGGUUUAUUUGAUGUCUCUUAGAGAUACAGUGUUUUACAUUAUUAUAUUUGAUAUUUGAUAAAGUUGAAAUAUAUUUAUGUAUGAGUGACAAUAAAGAGAUAAAGCAAUUGCAACAUUGACAA